GACGGGAGAACAGGCAAGAAGCGAGGAGCGCGUCAGUGUCCGGCAGGUUCGUCGUAAGCGUGCGAUGCGUGCGUGCGUGCGUGCGCGCGCCCGUGUGGUCGUCGUCUCGCCGCCCCGAUAUUCAUACGUCACUAAAUUGCAUAAUUCGCGAGCGCGCUUCGCGUAACGCCGCUCCCGUGUCGCCGUGAUCCCCACCUGAGCCGCCGGCUGAACCGCGCGAGUUGCAGAGAGGUUAAAGGGACCUGAUCUCGACGAGAACGGGUAACCUCCAGCAGAUAGACAAAAGAGAGAGAAAGAGAGAGGGGGGGGGGGAGCGAGAAGGGGAGAGAGACGCGUACUUUGUUCGGGAACGAGCGCUCCGCACACACCCCCGAGAAAGAGAGACAGAGAGAGACUGGCGAGUGAGCAUGGCGGACCGGUACGGUAAUGGUGUGCCGCAGGAACGCGGGAGUGUCGGGAACGCGUGAACUGCGGCGUGCAUCGUCGCGCACCCGUCGACGACCAGGAGGCGAGACUCAGGAACGCCCGCGGGGAACCUUGAGGCGCGACGCGCGUAUCGCUUGCGUGGCAAAACGGCGUCGGGCCGGGUGAGAGGGACGGCCUCGAUUUUUGGCGGGCAAACUGCGCGGAGCGCGUCGCGAAGACGUCUCGGCGAGGCGGUCGUCGCGCGAACCGAUCCCGCGCUCGCGAGAGAGAGAGAGACUCCUCGACCGCGUCAGUGUGCAAGAUGCGCCGUUAAGAACAAUAUUAAUUAGUCCACGUAACGGCCCAAACGAGCGUCGCCGGCUGUUGUCGGUUCUCGCCCGUGUCGUUUCCGUCGCUGCCGCUUCGCCGGGCGGCGACAGGCCGGUGCAUCAUCAUCGUCGCGACUCCACGUAGAAGCCGGAUCGAAACGCCGAAGGGCGAAGGAGACAGCACAGGCUGACAAAGUCCCCAGCCAAGGCGGCGCUCACGAGGAAGAAGCAGCGCGCGGCUUGGCGGUUUUGGCGCGCGUAUUCAGCUGCGCCGCGCGACCGGCAGAUGGCCGGUACGCCGGCUGUUUGCGCGCGCGCGCCUCACGGACACGCCGCCGCCGCCGCUACUCCUGCUGCUGCUGCUGCUGCUCUCGUCGUCGGCGCGGUGACACGCUCACGCACGACCGAGCAGCGUCGCCAACGAGCACGACCGCUGGCCGACGGCAGUACCGCCGUGCGACCGAGGGUGCGCGUAUUGACGAAUAGCGCCGCACCGUCCCGGCACACCGGUGGCAUGUCAGCCGGGGCCGUCGUCGCCGACCUAUGACAGUGCCUGCCGCCGCCGUUGGACGCGCCUGAAUGAAAAGAACUGUAACGCGCGCCGAACCCCGCCGAGGCCGCGCCUCGUCAGCAUUCGCCGGUACUCGUUAUACUCCCCGAUCCGCCGGUCGGACGUGACGUCGAUGGGCUUUGUCGGUCGGGACACUUUCUUCGAAGCAGCGAUCCCCAAGCACGAAUAGCUUUCCGCCGCGAGAAACUUGCCGAGGGAGGAGAAAGAGAGAGAGAGAAAGAGAGAGAGAGAGAGCUGUCGUUAUGAGUCGCUAAGACAAAAUCACAUUGCCAGAAUGCCUCGGGUAAGGAGACAAGUGGUUCUGGAAGAUCCAACUGGGCCUGUUACACCGGAUAUGACAGAAACGAAGUUGUUGAAAUCCGAGUUCCUGGACGAUGGGUCCUUGGAUGAAGUCCAGAAGUCGGUGGAAGAGACACCAAGUCCUCACUUACAAGACCACCAGUAUGGACAAACACCUUCCUAUCAAGUGACCAGGAAGCCCCCACAACCACCCCCACGAGCUGAGAUAUCAGUUCAGGCGGUAAAAAGAAGACUGAAUUUGGAGGUAGGGACUACCGGUCCCAGCCAGCCAGCUUUCAAAGCUCCUAGAGGUAAACGCAGAAGAUCCGGCUCGAAUUCUCUGACUGGUCACACGCCCACCAAAAGUAAAACCGUAGAAAGGACACGGUACGACACGUCGUUAAGUUUGCUCACGAAGAAGUUUAUCCACUUGAUCGAGAGCAGUCAGGACGGUGUGGUGGACUUGAACGUGGCGUCCGAGAAGCUGGAGGUACAAAAGCGUCGUAUAUACGACAUUACUAAUGUCUUAGAGGGCAUCGGUAUCUUAGAGAAGAAAAGUAAAAACAAUAUCCAAUGGAAAGGCGGUCAGUUACCGAAUGAGCGGAACGACAUCGCCGAUCUCAGGAGGGAGGUGGCGGACUUGGAAGCGAAGGAGAACACCUUGGAUCGAUUGAUCCACGGUGCGAACAAGAACCUACGCGAACUUUGCGCAGAUAGAAAAUACGCUUAUGUAACGUAUCACGAUUUACGUUCAGUCCCAAUGUACAAAGAGCAAGCUAUUAUGGCUGUGAAAGCACCGCCGGAAGCGACCCUCCAUGUCCCGCAACCCACGAAUAAUCUUGGCCAACAAAAGCUUCAGAUGCACAUGAGGUCGUCUCACGGGGAGAUAGAGGUGUUUCUGUGUCCCGAUGACCCUGGAGUCAAAACGUCACCCUAUUCCGGAUACGCGACAACGCAAUCAAAAGAACCCGACAUACCCGCCUCUUUAUCUCCUGAACUGUUGAUUAAUAGAGAUGGCGAUGUGCGAGUCGAACCAGUACCUUCCGAUGAUAGUCCCCUGAACGCUCGCCUGUGUGCCCCCAUAUCUUCAGUUAGCAGUUUACCAAGUAUGAGGGACGCGUUCCUCUGCGAAUCCGACGAUUAUGGACCAAUGGGCGGUGGCAAGUUCCAGCUGCAAACGGACGACCAACUCAACCCUUCAGAUCUGGAUAUGUUCGAUUUUGGAGAACAGUUGCUGACUUUGGAACCGCCGCUUUCCGAGAGCGACUACUCGUUCUCAUUAGGCAACGAGGAGGGUCUCGCGGACUUGUUCGAUUUGAAAUUCUAGGAAUAUCAUCGAUGUCGCCGUUAUCAACGUAAGAGAGCAUUCUCUUCGUCUCUUUGAACCGUCGCUCUGAGUUCGCCUCCCUGGUGCUGUAACGGACUGUGAAUCGCUUCGUCCGAUUUGUCAUGCGCCUUCGCGUCGCACACGAUAGGAGACAGUUGGUAUUUUCGUUGCGUGCGUCGAUCUUGUCAAUAAAUCGCGCGGCAUGCGAUGUCGCUUUUAUUUAUUUUUAUCGUUUCUCCUCGAACCAAACGUUUAUCCCCACGUUUUACGUACGGUCAACGUUAAACGAAAGAACGGCAGAAUGAGGGUUGGUAGGGGCACGCGCGCUGAAACUUUCGAUUUCCACGGACGAUUGUAAAUACAAGCUAAUCGAUAAGCGAGAUAGUUUAUAUUCCUGUUUGUAAAUGAUUUUACUGAUUGGUCCAUUAUGGCGUGGUUCAUGCUACGAGAAAGAAUGAACUAUAAGCCGAAGUAUUUUAACGCGUUCUUUACGUUUUCUCUUAUUACACGCGCGCAUUAUACGUCUCGGGGAUGUCUCGUAGUAUUGUUUUAUCACAGUUUUUUUUUUGCGGGAUAAACUGAACCGCGAAGCACAGGAAAAACAUAUCACGAAAUUGUUGGCACGUGCUUCCCGGCUCGAUACGGUCGGCAUCGAUUACGUUUGCGUAAUGAAUCGCGCGAAGACUCCGGACAGAAAGCGAGAAAGCGAAGGCGCUUUAUCCGUGCAAUCUGUAAUAAUAGAAAUUGUACUAAGUGAUAGAAAAGCGUGUACUCGCGUCGGGAUCGUAAAAAGAGAAGAAAAAAGGAGUGUGUGUGCGUGUGUGCUUGUACAUGAAGGAGAGAGAGAGAGAGAGAGAGAGAGAGAGAGAGAGAGAGAGAGAGAGAGAGAGAGAGACCGCAUGAAACAACGACCAAAUUGCUUUCGCUAAUUGUGAAACAGAAGAAGCAGUUGAGAAUCUUCAUCGAGUGGUUCUCUCUGAUGUAAAACAAACUUCGACGGCAAGAAUAGCUUUUUUCCCGAUUUUUCGACGUCGCGGACACGGAGAGACGAACUCAAAACAAGAGCAGGACAGACGAAUGCGAUCUUGGAUGGUGUCGUCCACGUUGCAACGUGGAGAUGCGUGCCCAACGCACUCUCGGCGUCCUGACGAUCGUCACCUAAGAUCCCAUCAAUUCGGUACGCAGUACUACUUUGAACCUGAUCGCGGGGGUUUUCACAGAGAGACGUUCUUUUGCCGGUGGACACUUGACUUCUGUCGCGCGCGCGCGCGCGCGCGUGGCGCCGGUGACGUUUCAUCGAGCGAGACUCGCGCAGAGUUGCCUCCUUUCGUUCCUCGAGAGCUCAAGGAUACACUGGGGAAAUUAUCUCGUCUGGAAGUCCCUUAAGGAUGUACUCUAACGUACAACUUUAGUGUACGUCCAAAGCCAUAGUGCCUACAAAAUAAUGAUCAUACCCUUCUGCAAUUGUAAAUAUCUUUACAAACGUAAUUAUACAAAUGUAAGCACACAAACACACACCCACCUACAUACACACAACACCCACACACACACAUACAUACACAUACACGUACGUAUAUAUAUGUACAUGUAUUAUAAUAAUAACAAUACAUAUAUAUUCGUAUAUCGAUAUGUCGCACACAUAUUUGUAUACACAUAUAUAUGUACGUGGAAAGGAAUAUAUAAAAAUUCGAAUGACAUAUUGCGAGAGCGCGUCGUUAUAUAUAAUUAUCGUAUACAUAAUCGGUUACCUAGUUACUUUUAAUUAUUCAUAUUAUUAUUAACGAUUAUUGCGACAUUAAACGAAACGAGAUGAUGUUAGUUUAUAAUUUCACUUAUACAUAUAUAUGUAUGUAUACGUACAUAUAAUACGUACCUACAUUUAUAGCGAACGAAUGUUGUGCAGGAUAAUGAGACUGCCCGCGUUGCGUUGCGAACGCGUGUGUGAGCAAUUUCGCAAGACCUUUCGGAUUAUGAAGCCAGUUGAAGACCAAUAAUUAACUAACUAAAUAAUGUUCUGCAAUCUUUUCUUCGUGGCUCAACGACGAUCCUGUUUCAAGACUCACGAAAUAUUUCGGCUUUAUCUCGCGUAUAUAGUAUACUCGAGAUCCUCAUUUUAGUAGUACCUUGAUGAAAUCGAUCUGAUAUUUUACGGAUUCCAAGUGUGUAGUUUCGCCUUAAACUUAAAAAAAGAAAAAAAACUUGGUUUCGCGCAACGGUAUGUGUAAUGACGAUGAGCGUCACGUUCGCGCGGAUUGUUACUUUGCACAACGUUCGCUGCUGCGGCUCCCGUUUGCAAUUACCGGGGUAAAAUUGUAUUAAUCUUGUUUUCGUUUUUUCGAUUACACUAAGCGGCGUUGUGCACUUCUUUUUCUUUUUCAUAUGCCUAGUGCAACCAGAGGGUGAACGGUGGCAAGCGGAGAGAGCGUGUGGCGUGAAUGCGUUAAGAUACGAGUGUGUUCAAAGUCUUUAUCUUAUCGUAUAUAGAAUACUUGAAAAUUAUUACUACCUCAUUAAUUGCUAAUGGGGCCUGUUGACGGUUCAAAGUAUUGACGUUUAGUCACGUUUGGAGUGUCGAAGUAUUCGGCAAGAUCUACAAAGAACUUCGAGCUCGUGUUUCUUUUCUUUCUCCAAGAUAUCGUUUUCACUUGAGCGUCCCCGAGUAAUAUCCUCUAUUCCUGGGUAGCGAACGUGAACGAGCGAGAAUCGCACUCUCUCGCAUCCCGCAACGCCUGCUUCUGGUCUUCUGGAACUCGCCGUCAAAGACGGCGCACUGUCGUUUGAUUUUCUAACCCGAGACACGCGAAUUUACAGCCGCUUCUAGCAAAUUGCCGUGCAACUUAACUUUCUUUCGUUCGACACUCAUGACAUUUCUUUCUAUAUGAAUGUUUAUAAAUCUUGCUAUGUACAGAACCCAGUAAACACAAAGUAUCAUCGAUGUUACAAUGUCAGCUAAAUCAUAUGGUAUGUUACGUAACUGUUACUUUGUUAUGUAUACAACAAAGCAACUGUUAUGUAACAUAUAUGAUUUAGCUGACAUUGUAACAUCGAUGAUACUCUGUGUUUACUGGGAAGCGAUGCUCACGAGAAACCUUGUUUUCUGUUGGCAGAACGCGACAAAUAUGUGAUUCGUAUUGUUUAUAAAUACUUUUUUGUUUCGGUUAUUCUCGAGAGAAAAAGGAUAAGAGUUGACAAAAUGAGAGAGUGCAGUGUGUGUAUGUGUGCAUGUGUGUGUGUGUGUGUGUGUGUGUGUGUGUGUGUGUGUGUGUGUGUAUGUGUGCGUACGUAUACCUGCGUGUGUGGAAGGAAAGUGAGCCCUUUGGUUCACCACUGCGAGCGGUGUAGCUCUGCGAAAGCCGCAUUUAUUAUGCGUGUACGCGCCCAUUCGAUCGGUAUAUUUGAGAGACUGUUCACAAUCGAGACGGCGAGACAGGAUUGCAAGCGCGCCGAUCGAACGUUGUAAAGAGCGUAAAUGAGAAACUGAAAGAGGAAAAAAUAAGUUUAAAAAAGAAAAGAGUCAAAUGAGAUUCCAUUAUGACGAACGAACAUUUUGUCACAUUUUAACGGGUCCGGCCCGCCGAAAGAACACCGCAGAAUGACAGAGGAGGGAAAAAGUUACGAAAUAUAAUCUUGUGUAACAUCGUAUGCCAUAUGCGUUAUUAUUCAUCCCGCAAAUCCCGUUUGUUACUUGAUUUAACCGUGUAAACGUACAGUGUCACUUUUCGUGUACAAUUUCUGCCGUUUGAUUUGUGACCCGAAUGCUUGCGACGACGAAUACAAUAGGCGAGAUAAGUUAAAGUGACAGAUUGUUUGAAAUUCAAGCGUCGCACAAAAUAGACUAAUAAAUCUGAUAAUUUGAA